UAUACAUUAUAGAAGUUGUGAUUUUUUCUGUGCUUUAAUUAUUAGUUUGGACCAUAAUGUAUUGGCUAAAUCUUCACAAUUUUGUCCACUAUUGACUUAAAUAGAAGUGCCCAAUUGAAUAUUUCGGUGGGAAUCGAAAGCGCGUGUAGCAUUUUUCAUUUUGGCUUUUUAGAAUGUGGUAAUAAUUGGACUAUUAUGCAACUUUUGAACUGGUUUCUUUAUUUUAGAAAGACCAUUUUGAUGUGAAAAGUUAGAACAGCUUCUGUACUUUGUUUGAGGAGGAAGUAAAAUAAUCAGUGUGUUGAUGAUUAAGGGCUAGUUUAUCCAACUGGUUGCAUCUCAUUCUGCCAUAGUUGCUGCUGAGUUACUUCCCUGACAUUGGUGAAUCAAUGGCUGAAUCUAUGGUCGAAAGACCAGCUGUUGAGAACAAGAUGGAUAAUUCUGUUUCAUCUGCUGAUUCUCUUCAAGUAUCAGUUUCGUUUGGUAAAUAUGAGUCUGAUUCGCUUUCUUGGGAAAAAUGGUCAUCGUUUUCUCCGAAUAAGUAUUUGGAAGAAGUUGAGAAGUGCAAAACUCCUGGAUCAGUAGCGCAGAAGAAGGCAUAUUUUGAAGCCCACUAUAAGAAAAUUGCUGCCAAAAAGACGGAGCAGUUGGAGCAGGAAAGUUUAAUGGAAUCUGUUCCUCCUUGUUCAGUACAGUCAGACUGCAAGAACUUCGUUGGGCAGAGAUCUUUACCUAGUGACGAGGAUACUUCACUAGCCAGUGGAGGAUCUCCCGAAAGAGUUGAGCCAGUAGUUGCUGUUGAAGAUAAGUUGAUGUUUACACCAGGUGUUGAAGAAAAAGAGCACGAUGCCAUUUCUGUGGGUUCUCAAGGCUUGUCAGUUGAGGUAGAUAAGGAAGAACUCAAUGGAACUUCAAUUAACCAUGAAGCAGAUGUUGUUGAAGAAAUCAAGGGAGAAUCGACUAGUAAUCAAGCUGAAGUUGAAUCAAGAAGUGAAGAAGGAGCCACAGUUGUUCAAGUUGAUAUUUCUAAAAGUGCACAUUUGGAAAUUGUGGAACAACCUUUGAAGGUGGCUAAUGAGGUCAAGAAAACGCCUCAAAACAAUAAAAAGAGUUCAAAAGUUCAUCCAGCAAAUGCCACUAAGAAGAUGACGCCAACUAGAGUGGAGAAGGUGUCUGCUGGGAGUAAAAAGACAGCUGCAUCACCAGCCAGCAAGUCAUCAACAGUCACGAAAAUGUCUCAACUUUCAACCCCCAAAUUAUCAAAAUCCACAAUGAUGCCAUCUUCUCGACCCUCGGCAAAGAAAGUUAAUGAAACGCCUGCAUUGCCGAGGGUCAAGAAUUCUCCAAUGCAAAAUGGGAGAGAAAGGCCUGCUUCUCUUCACAUGUCGCUGAGUUUGGAUCCUGCCAGUUCUGGGCCUUCUCCUUCCAUAACCAGAAAAUCUCUGAUUAUGGAAAGCAUGGGAGAUAAAGACAUUGUGAGGCGAGCAUUUAAGACAUUUCAGAACAGUCUCAAUGGAUUAAGAUAUUCAAAUGAUGGGACAGCCAGUAGCCCGCAACAGGUCUCCGUGAAGGGUUCUUUGACGAGAAUUUCUACUAAUGUGACUCCAAGAAAGGAGAAUGAAGGGCCAAAGAAAUCUGCAGAAAAGGUUAGUCAAAGAAGUCGAUCAGGCACCACAUCAAGUUCGUUGUCAUCAUGGUCAGCCAAAGGUUCUGGAUUUGACCGAAAGAACGCCUCUGUUGUUUCCUCUUCUACUGGUGUGAGAGCUGAUGCCAAAGCAGAGAAAUGGAAGGAGAAACCUGGUGAAAAGUCAUUUGUAAAAGAGGGUGGAGGAUUACAUCAUAGUGCUAAGGCAAAGGAGGGUCAGCCGAAAAAUGUUAGGCAAGGUCUCAAACCACAGACCACUAGUGCACCAUCAUUUAACAGAGGACUAGGAACUAUGAGGAUUUCUCCUGGCAAGGAGGACAAGAGGAAGAUUCAUCGUGGACCACUGUCGAAGGUAUAA